CUCCCAACACACCCACACCCACACCCACGCGCCUGCAACCACACACCCCCUCCAUACCGCAUACACAUACCACACCCCAUAGUCGCCCACGAUGUCGGUCGUAGGCUUGGAUUUCGGAACGCAGAACAGCGUGAUUGCUGUCGCCCGGAACAAGGGCGUCGAUGUCAUUACCAAUGAGGUCUCCAACCGCGCAACCCCAACUCUCGUCGGCUUUGGUCCACGAGCCAGAUACCUUGGCGAAUCGGCAAAGACACAAGAGGUAUCGAACCUCAAGAACACCGUCGGCUCCCUCUCGCGCCUCGCCGGCCGCUCGCUCAACGACCCCGAUGUGCAGAUCGAGCAGGAAUUUGUUUCGGCCCCGCUGGUCGAGGUCAAUGGCCAGGUGGGCGCCGAGGUGUCGUACAUGGGACAGAAGCAGAAGUUCUCCGCCACCCAGCUCAUCGCCAUGUUCCUGACCAAGGCACGCGAGACCGCCGCGAAAGAGCUGAGACUGCCAGUAAACGAUAUGGUGAUCGCAGUCCCCGCAUGGUACACAGACGCACAGCGCAGAGGCCUUCUAGACGCUGCUGAGGUCGCCGGACUCAAGGUCUUGCGUCUGAUCAACGAGACAACAGCCACCGCGCUCGGAUACGGUAUCACCAAGACAGAUCUGCCUGGCCCAGAGGAGAAGCCGCGCCGCGUGGCCUUCAUCGACAUUGGUCACAGCAACUAUACCUGCUCCAUCUGCGAGUUUAGAAAGGGCGAGCUGAAGGUCGUCUCGACUGCUUACGAUAGGCAUUUUGGAGGACGCAACUUCGACAAGGCUAUUAUCGAGCAUUUCCGAAAUGAAUUCAAAGAAAAAAAUAGAAUCGACAUUUACGAGAACCCCAAGGCUCGCGUCCGUGUCGCCGCGGCCGUGGAGAAGCUGAAGAAGGUUCUUUCGGCCAACGCUCUGGCACCAAUCAACAUUGAGUCUCUCAUGAACGACGUUGACGUACGUGGUGUGCUUAAGCGAGAGGAGCUGGAAGAACUCGUGAGGCCACUUCUCGACCGUGCACACCUUCCUCUCGAGCAGGCUCUGGCUGAGGCUAAGCUGAAGGCCGAAGAUAUCGACUACAUCGAGCUUGUUGGUGGCUGCACACGAGUGCCAUCUCUCAAGGCCAUCAUCCAGCAGUUCUUCGGCAAGCCCCUCAACUUCACUCUCAACGCUGACGAAGCCAUUGCUCGUGGCUGCGCCUUCAGCUGCGCCAUCUUGUCUCCAGUCUUCCGAGUUCGCGACUUCAGCGUGCAGGACAUUGUCAAUUACCCGAUCGAGUUUGCUUGGGAAAAGUCACCAGACAUUCCAGAUGAGGACACCAGCUUGACCGUCUUUAACAAGGGCAACGCCCUCCCCUCCACCAAGAUCCUCACCUUCUACCGAAAACAGCCGUUUGACCUUGAAGCCAAAUACGCCAAGCCUGAACUACUCCCCGGAAAGAUCAACCCAUGGAUUGGUCGCUUCAGCGUCAAGGGCGUCAAGGCGGAAGGAAAGGACGACUUCAUGAUUUGCAAGCUAAAGGCACGCCUGAAUCUUCACGGUGUGCUGAAUGUUGAGCAAGGCUACUUUGUUGAAGAGCAGGAAAUUGAGGAGCCUAUACCUGAGGCGAAGGAAGAGAAGAAGGAUGGUGAUGCAAUGGACACCGACCAAGCCAAUGGCGAUGCCAAGCCACCCGUGAAGACCCGCAAGGUCAAGAAGCAGGUCCGCAAGGGAGAUCUUCCGCUGUCUGCUGGCACCGCAUCACUUGACCAAUCAACAAAGGACCUCUUCAUGGAGAAGGAAGGCCAAAUGAUUGCUGAGGACAAGUUGGUGGCUGAGACCGAGGACAAGAAGAACGAGCUUGAAUCGGAGAUCUACUCCAUGCGCGCCAAGAUCGACGAGCCGUACUCAAGCAAUGGCUACGCUGACUUCGCAAACGACGAUGAGAAGCAGAAGGUCCGCGACAAGUGCGAACAACUCGAGGACUGGCUGUACGACGAGGGUGAUGAUGCCACCAAAGCGCAGUAUGUUGCCAAGAUCGAGGAGCUCCGUGCUUCUGCUGGCCCGAUCAUUCAGCGCUUCAACGACAAGCGCCAAGAGGAAGAGGAAGCGCGGAGAGCCAAGGAGGAAGAAGCUGCGGCUAAGCGAAGAGCAGCUGAGGAGGAGAGACGCAAGGCAGAGGAGGCGCAGAAGAAGGCCGCAGAGGAGGCGAAGAAGGCAGAGCAGAAGGACGAGGAGAUGAAGGAUGCUCCAGCUGACGCAGAGGGCGAGAAGCCUGCAGACGUCGAGGAGGCGGCUUAGGUGAUGUUUCCCGAAGCGAUGGCGACUCCAGGCGCGCAUUCAUGAUAUAAGUGCAUAGAUGUGGCUCGGCGUCAAGGGAGUGGAUUGUGAUGGUUUAUGAUGACCUGGACACGGACAAAGCAUGGCAUGAAGGACACGCACUACCCAAAAUCAACUUUUUUCUUUGCUUUACUUUGUGGAUUGUGGUUCGACUGAUGAUGCAUAGAACUAGAAAAAAAUUGAAGCUUUUCCUCAACCAUAC